CUCUUGAUUAUCGCUCAGUCGACUUUUGGAAGCAGAGAUGUUCACAGUAAAGAUUAUGUGGGUAGUUGUCCUAGCGGCAUGUGCCCGAGCUGAAGGCGGGCAUGGCGGCGUCAUCGGGGGGCACGCACUGAGCCACGCCAGCCACGGCGGAGGGUACGCAAGCGGCCCUGGGAGGUUUGGGCCCUUUGCAAGCCACGUCCGUGGAGUCGGAGGCUUCCACGGAGGCGCUCUCGGGAUCUACGGAGGAGGCUACGGAAGAGGCUACGGAGGGGGGUACGGAGGAGGCUACGGUUACGGUGGGUAUGGAGGUUAUGGCGGCGGCUAUGGAGGCUACGGAGGAGGCUAUGGUAGUUACGGAAGCGGACACCGAGGGGGGCACCAUGGGGGGAAUUAUGGGACUUACAGCAGCGCCAGAGGGACCAGCCACUUCAACCUCGGACGAAGGCUGCCCCACACAGGCUCUGGAGGCAGAUAUCUGGGCCACCGAGGCGGCUUCGCUGGUGCUUAUGUGUAUGGGUUUGGCAAGUGAUUGAAGCU